AAUUAAACAAUUGGUGAAGUAUAUGAAUUUUACAAGAUACGAAGGGUGUUACAAAAAGUCUGGUUCCCAUGUACAGAUGUAAAGAAAGUUCAUCAGAGACGUGACGGUGACACAUUCAGUCAAAAUGUGACAAUUGCACAUUCAGCUAAAUUGUUAAUGCAGGAUAUAAGAAGACUAUGUGAUUUAUGAACCAAACGCUAAUAAAACCACAAGUCGUAUGUUGUAAAAUAUUCAUUUACUUAACCAAUUGUUUAACGAAGAAUACUACCCCCAUUCCACGUGCAUUCCCUGUGCACACUCACACUGACGUUGAAAUGAAUAUUUCUUUGUUUUUGUUUUAAUAGGGGACUGAUUUAUUAUGCUCUGAUAACGCCAGAUACCAGACAUAGGAAGUAAAAUUGAACACACUUAUCGAUAGGCUGUAAACAAAGUUACAAAAGAUAUAUUUUACUGCGAUCUGGGAAAAUACUUGACUUCGACCCAGAUUUUGCUUAUCAGUCGAUGUCUAUAUUUCGGGGCAGUUUAAGGAAGUCCGGCGGAAGUGGACACGGACCAGAGGGAGAGCUCCAGACGAACUCUGACGAAACGAUGGACGAUUUUCAGCGGGAAACGAUGAAGUCGCUCUGGCAUGCCUUUGAUAUGCUGGACACUAUGAACACUGGGACUGUACAUGUCUCACAACUCAAGGUGAUUACCUCAACCAUUGGUUCAAAGAUGGGAUUCGACAAGGCAGAGGAGAUCUUGAAUAAAGACGGCGUACUCGACAUGGAUUUUCAGACAUAUUUUGACAUCGUGAAAACACAGCUAAUAACCAAACAAGAGUGCCCCGAUACAAGUGACGAAACCGUUCUUGGAGCUCGCAUAAAUACCAUUGUCAAAACAUGCUGGACAUUUUGUAACUUUGAGAGGAAACACCAUUGUAAAUCUUGCACCUCUGAGCAUUGCAUAGUCCUUUGGCGUCUCUAUAACUUCCUGUCAGAGACAGACGGUGAGGGGGAACCAGCGAUACCCGUUCACUUAGACCCAGAGGAAGCGGCUUUGCUUCUUAGAGAGUUUAUUGACGUUACCGGACAAAGGAGUAAGGAAAGCCAGAUCAAGCAGUUUCUCACAGAACAUCAGGACAUUCCAUUGACAUUUACGGAGUUUCUUAAUGUGUUCGAAAAGGAUUACGUGGUCGGCUUAUCAAACAGGAACAUAACACAAGGCCUCAACCAUCUCUACGACACAUACAUUCUCAAUAUACUUAUGAAAGGAAAGAUCAAGAAGAGGGGCUUUAAAGUGAAGAGUUGGAAGGAUCGUUGGUUAGUGCUGACCCCUACAAAACUAAACUAUUUUGUUGGACCUGACGAAAAAGUACAGAAAGGGACGAUACAAUUUGACAGCGAUUGUUCAGUUGAGGUACCCCCGGAUCGCCCAGCUCAUAAGCCAAAUCGUUUUGUGAUCCAAACCCCUAAGAAGCCCUAUGAGAUGAGUGCACAUGAUCUUAAAUCCAAAAACGAAUGGGUCUCAGCUGUACAGCAGGCGCUUAGCCGUGUUGGAAUUGAUCCAAAUAUACAAAAAGAGGAUGCACGUGAACGCUGUAAAGCACGCGCUGAAAGACGUCGCCAAGCAGCAGACGAAGAAAGAAAACGCAGAGAAGAGGCAGAACUUCUCAAAAACAGGGAAGAUGAAUUAGACGAAGAGAAAAGGAGACGUUUACAAGACGGAGAAUUGCUGCGAGCAAGGCUGAACGAAUUAGAAGAGGAACGAAAGAGACGAGAAGAGGCGGAAGCAAGAUGGCAGGAGGAGCAAACACUACGUGAGGCCGAACAACAGAGGCUGAGAGAACUUGAGGAGAUCAAACGUGAAUUGGAGAGGUUACUUGCCGAGGAAAGACAGGCUAAGAAAGACGAGGAAAUUGUCAGAAACCUACAGUCAAAAUUAUUGGAGGAAGAAUUUGAGAAAAGGGAAGAGCUGGAAAGACUUAAACAACAACAGGAAGAAAUGCUGCGAGCGGAAAGAGAACAGAAAGCUGUGUUAGAGAGUGAUCGUAAAGAGCAGGAAAGAUUGUUUGCCGAGGCACAGGCGAGAUUGGAACAACUGGAGCGUGAUAAAGCCGCUGCCGCCGAGAAAAUGCAGGAAGCUGCAGAGAAACUUCAAAAAGCAGAGAAGGACCGUUACAUUAUGGAAGAAAAGGUGAAGUUGUGGAAAACACCAGUUGGACUGGCGAGACCUAUACAACCUCACCCAGAGCCACUUGUUACACACAGAGGGCUAGGCGCCUUCUGUGACAGAGACUUUGUAAAGAAGCAAGAUGACAAUGCUAACAGGGAAGAUGAGAAUAACGGCAUGGAUAAGACAGGAAUUGAUGGUAGUUCCAGUGAUGUUAAAGAUGACACUGGAAAGAACAAUAUGGACCUAAUAUCAAACGGAAAUAAUUCUGGAGAAAAGCUUAAUGAUAGUGAUAACGUCGAAAUGAAAAGUGGCCAAGAAUCCGACGAAGAAAAGUCACUGAAAUCAAAUCUUGUUCAAAAUCAGGAGGAUGAAUAUCAUAAAGAUCAAACAGAGGUUGAUGAUUCUGAUGAAAACACCGGGAAAGAGUCUGAUAAAGAAGAGGCGCCUGAACCUGGAAACGAAUUUGAAUCUAAAACAAUUAAUAAUGAAGAAGAAGUCAUUGAUUCCAACACAGAAACGAAAGAAAUAACAGAAAAUGUUGAAGUUUUGGAAAGUGAACCAGAAAUUGCUGAUGAAAGUGUUGAUAAAAAUUCUGUCUCAAAUGAAGAUCAACGCGAUAGUUCUGGAAAAAUCACAGAAGCGGAUACUGCGGAGGAAGAAAGUAUCAAAACUGAGCAGGCAGGCAACAUUCAAGAUGACAAAGGUAAACCUAUCAUGGAAAUUGAACAGUUAGAUGGCUGCCAAGAAGACAAUGAUAAACUUAUUGUGGCAACUGAACAGUCAAGCCACAUCCAAGACGAUAAAGAUAAACUUACUGUGGAAACAGAACAGUCAGGCGACACCAAAGAGGAUACAGAUAAACUUAAUGUGGAAACAGAACAUUCUUUGGAAAAUAAGUCUUCUGCUGAUAAUGAUGAGUCGAUUACGCCAAAUGGCACUAUUGUACAGAAUGAAGCAUAAACGAAGUUGCCAAGUGUUCAGUUAGGCACUUUUCAUGUUUCUUCUACAUAUGUUUACAAAUGUUAUUACAAGAGAACAUUUUAUGAAUAUAUCUCAUUCUCAAUAACAGGAAUUUGACUGAGGCUGGUGGAAGCUCUCCUAACAUCAUACAUUGUUUAAGUCUUCCAGACAAAAUAUAUGUAAAAUAUAUAUCAUUUGUAAGAAAUAUAUUUUUCAAAAAUUGUUUCAUAUCGUGUUGAAAUAAAAUGAUAAACUUACAUCAGAUUAAAAUUGUAUGUAAGCUGCA